GGUGUUGUGUUUAAAGCUGGACACACAAGACAAAAAGGAUCAGAUUGUAGAUUUUUUUUGGGGAUCACGUUGCAUUCCUCCGUGGAUUUUGGCUCAGUGUUGUCUGUCUUUAUCUUACCCUUUGUGGAUGUUAUCUCGGUCUGAAUGAAGCUUUCUUUUUGGAUUUGCAGCGUGCCGAAGCUGCUUCUGGGUGACUGCCCAUUCUUAAUGUUGUGAAGCCGCGCGUUAUAAUUAUAUUUCCGUUAUUUUAUGAGCUAUAUCCGAAUUUUAAGGCGUAACUUGUAUUUUAUUUUAUCAGACAAUGUCGCAGUUUCCUUGAGUGUGUAUUAGUGAUUCACACAGACAAAUCGUGCGCGUUAAUUAUCGCUUAAAAACAGGAAAGUUGGGCGCGCAAAGUUUUGGACAGUCGACAUGGCCAUGGUGGCGUGGAGAAACACCGAGGGCGUCGGGGACACUCCUGGGACCCUGUCCUCCCCGGUGUCCCAGGUCGCACCACUGUCUCUGCCCGGGGAGCUGACGGGACACAUGAACCCGGCGCCCUCUCUGGAAAUACCCCCGGCAGCAGCAGCAGCACCCCAGGGUGUACCGCCGCCCAAUCCGUCCAGCACCACCACCGCGACCAACAAUAACAGCAACACCACCUCUUCCUCCUCCUCCUCCUCGUCCAUGGACAAACAGCAGAGCCAGCAGAUCGAGUGCAUCGUGUGCGGGGAUAAAUCCAGCGGGAAGCACUACGGACAGUUCACAUGCGAGGGAUGUAAGAGCUUCUUUAAACGCAGCGUGAGGAGGAACCUGACCUACACCUGCAGGGCCAACAGGAACUGUCCCGUAGACCAGCACCACCGCAACCAGUGCCAGUACUGUCGCCUCAAGAAAUGCCUCAAAGUCGGCAUGAGGAGGGAAGCUGUUCAGAGGGGCAGGCUUCCUACCCAGUCUUACCACGGCCAGUUUGCUCUGACGAACGGAGACCCUCUACAGUGUCAUUCAUACCUGUCGGGAUACAUCUCACUCCUCCUGCGGGCCGAGCCCUACCCGACCUCCAGGUUCGGCUCCCAGUGCCUGCAGAGCAACAACAUCAUGGGCAUAGAGAACAUCUGUGAGCUAGCGGCCCGGAUGCUCUUCAGCGCCGUGGAGUGGGCUCGCAACAUCCCUUUCUUCCCGGACCUGCAGGUAACGGACCAGGUGGCUCUGCUCCGCCUCACCUGGAGCGAACUGUUCGUCCUGAACGCCGCCCAGUGCUCCAUGCCCGUUCAUGUCGCCCCGCUGCUGGCCGCCGCCGGCCUCCACGCCUCCCCGAUGUCCGCGGACCGGGUGGUGGCCUUCAUGGACCACAUCCGGGUCUUCCAGGAGCAGGUGGAGAAGCUGAAGGUGCUGCACGUGGAUUCGGCAGAGUACAGCUGCAUUAAGGCCAUCGUGCUGUUCACCACAGAUGCUUGUGGUCUGUCGGACGUUGCCCAUGUGGAGGGUCUGCAGGAGAAAUCCCAGUGUGCUUUAGAGGAGUACGUGAGGAGCCAAUAUCCCAACCAGCCUAACAGGUUUGGGAAGCUGCUGCUCCGCUUGCCUUCCCUGCGCACCGUCUCUUCUUCUGUCAUAGAGCAGCUUUUCUUCGUCCGUCUGGUGGGCAAAACCCCCAUAGAGACUCUGAUAAGGGACAUGCUGCUGUCUGGAAGCAGCUUCAACUGGCCCUACAUGCCUAUUCAAUAGAGGAGAAAGCUACAGCAUUGCCACUAAGGUCAGGAAAGACUCCACACCUCAAAUCAAGUCAUUUCCAUGUGGUAUAAAAUUACUGUUGCUUCGAACAAGGGACAAAAACUGCCAUGGGAACGAGACAUUUACAUCUUCAAUGUAAAAAAAAAAAAAAAAAAUCUCAAAUUCAUAAUUUUUCCUGUACCAACCACCAUUUUCUUGAUACCAGGGGAGAGAUCUGCCUUAUUCUGCACUACGUCCCUGUUAGUCUGCUUCCUGAAGCAAAUUAACCCUUUUGCUGAUGCUAAACGAUUUGGACUCACUGGCAGAAUAUCUUUCUUGUUCAAAGACAAACUAUAUUUCAUUACAUGAAAUGACUGGUUAUGAUGGACAUUUUUUGUAGUGUGGUGAACACUGACUGUCUAUGGUUUUUGGGAUAACAAACAAUAUUUAUUGGACCCUGUGUGUAUAUUUAUCGUGCUUGUAAAUUAUGUUUUGGCUCCUUUUUCAAAUGUUUUACGUAUUUUUCCCCGGCCAGUGAGAAAACUGCAGGGAUUGUCUUGUGUCAUUUUGUUUUUAUUUGUCUUGUUUUUGUUUUGUUUUGUUUUAGUUUUUCUUUCAAACCUUCCAGACAUGGCACUUUGGAAUUAAGGAACAUUUCAGAAAGAUUUAACGCAGGUGUUUGAAACCCAACAUCAUCUGAUUUAAACCUCUUUGGUCAAUUGUGUACAAACAGAAUGGAGAGAUGAUGCUCUGUUUGAGUUACUUUGGAUUCUUGUUCUUUUUGCAUCAAUGACAUACAAAGAAGGAGAAGAAAAAUAGAAGAAAAAUGUUUGGAAAAUGCACUUCUCGUGAUCAGAGUUAGGUUGCGCUGAGUAAAGCAUGGGUAAUAUCAUUACUUUCUUACAUGAAUAUUUCCUGAAUGUUUUAGUCAAUAAUUCCUGGCAGAAAUAAUAAUUUUCUCUUGCAGUACUGCUUCAUUUUACUCUUUUUGCUGCCCACACUUCAACAGUAAGUUGUUUUCUCUUAUGAAUGGUCAGAAACUCAAGAGCGUUAUAUUUAUUUCUCAUCAAAUUUGUAAAUUUGUCCACUGUGAGCAAUUGAACUUUUCGGUUAUUUUUUUAUCAAAAUGGAGCUGAUGAUGAUAAGGCUAAACCGAUAAGGGGAAAAGAGGCUGAAUGUUAGAUAGCUGUACGUUGAUCUGCCAUUUUUAUAUGCAGCGUGGUUAAGGUCAAAGUUGUUUUUUUUUUUCUUUUGACUGCUAACUUUUUUGCAAGGAAAAGUAAUGACAUUACUUUACUGGAUUAACGAUGAAUGCAUUACCAAACACUUCUGAUUCAUUUAUAUUUCCAGGUCUUUUACACUGACUGUCUCAGAGAGAUUUAAGAGCACUGGGCCUGAUGUAUACCAUAACUACAGUUUCUACAUGAGAUAAACAAACUGUACGCAACAUCCCAGGUCAAGUGUACAAAUCUGUUUCAUUAUAAUUCAUGCAUUUAUGAGCCCAUGCUGCUUAAUGGCACAAUAGACCACUGCAGGGUAACUGAAAGUGAGUGUGUGCAUCUAUGUGUGUGUGUGUGUGUGAGAGAGAGAGAGAGAGACAGAGUGUGUGUAUUUGUGUUUACUUCUUUUUGACAACCACUCUGAUGUACUGUGAAAGCAUAUUGGUUAACAUAUUGGUACCGUAUUAAAUUAUAACUCAAGAUUUA